AUGUUCAAUCUACACCGCAUCACCUGCCUUCGGGCUUUUCUUGUCGCCCUUGCGCUCGGGUCGGUCAAUGCUGCACCCGUUGCCGACCUCGCUGGCCGUGCCGAUGCAGGCCCUGAGGUGUCGCCGAUUCCUCAACAGAUCGUGUUCACCGGCGGAAAGGUCUCACUCGCGGGUGAUGUCACCGUCGUGACCGAUAAUUUCACGGACUCAGCCACGAUCGACACGAUCAAGAAGGUUGUGGCUGCCGCCGGCGGUAAUGCGGUUAUCGCCUCCAAGCCCAGCGGCAAAGGAACGCAGAUUUUCGUUGGCACCGAGGGGGAAUCUAGCCUCGCUGUCGCUGUCGCAAAGGCGCUGGCAGACACGUCUGCGGAUGGCCUCGACGCCGACGGCUACGCUUUUGCAUGUGGCAGAUAUGAGGAACUGCCAACCAUUGUCCUCAACGGUGUAGAUACACGCGGCACGUUCUACGCGUCACAGACUCUUCGCCAACUUCUCGACAGUGAUAGCAUUCCCGGUGUCAAGAUGCAUGACUGGCCGCUUAUGUCUAUCCGUGGCUCGAUCGAGGGUUUCUACGGUGUCCCCUGGUCUCACGAGGCACGCCUCGAACAGUUCGCCUACUACGGAAAGCACAAGAUGAACACUUAUGUGUACACUCCUAAGGAUGACCCACUUCUCCGCGCCAAGUGGCGCACUCUUUACAGUGGUGAUGAGCUCACCCAGCUCAAGGAGCUUGUUACGACUGCUAAUACCAACCAUGUCGAUUUCACCUAUGCUCUUUCGCCCGGCUUGGACGUAUGCUAUUCGUCCGACGAGGACUUCCAAGCCACUGUCGCCAAGCUUGACCAGCUGCGUGACUUUGGGGUCAGAAACUUCUACAUUGCUCUGGAUGACAUCGGUCUCGAGUUCCAUUGCGAUGCGGAUAAGGCGAAGUGGCCCAAGACCGAGAAUGAUGAAUGGGUCGCCGAUGCCCAAACUUUCUAUCUGAACCGCGUUCAGACCGAGUACAUCGAGCCUAACAAUCUCGAAAACCUCGAGACCGUCCCGACCAACUACGCCGGCAGCGCAGCAUCCCCGUACAAGACAGAAUUCGGCACCAAGCUAAACAAGAAGAUCCGCGUCCAGUGGACCGGCGAAGGAGUCUUCAGCAAUGAGAUCACAGUCGACAGCGUCAUGAAAGCCGACGAGAGCUACGUCACCGACAAACUGUUCAUAUGGGAUAACUUCCCUGUCAACGACGGCAACCGUGACCGCCUAUUCUUCAACCCUCUCACCAAGCGUGCCGCCGAACUAUACAAGCACCUGCUUGGAUUCACCUCGAACCCGAUGAACCAAGCCUUCGCCUCUAUGGCCUCGCUCGCUAACUAUGCCGACUAUACAUGGAACGGGCCCAAGUAUGAUGCCACCAAGUCCAUGGAUGCAAGCCUCUGGGAGCUGUCUGGUAGUGAUACCACCGUUCACAACGCACUCAUCGCGUUCACCGACCUCAACCAGAACUGGCCAUACCAAGACCCUGUGACCGAUGCGCCCCAGCUUAACAAGGACAUUGCUGCUUUCUGGGCCGCACGCAAAGCCGGCACCAGCGACGGAACUAAGGCCUUGAAGGAUCGCCUUUCACUUAUCAUCACCAUUCCCGAAGUCCUCCCCAAAAUGGCUACUAAGGGCUUCGCUACUGACGUGGCACCCUGGUCGACUCUUGCUAACCAGUGGGCGACCGCCUGCCAGCACUUGAUUUAUAUGCUCGAGGCUCUCGAUGCCAAGGAUCAGAGUAAGGCAGAUGCGGAAUUCAAAUUGGCCAAUGAGUGGGUGGAGAAGACCAAGGCUAAGACUGUUGAUGACCGUAAUGGCUCGGGCGAGGAUCUUCCUAAGUCGAUUGUCCCGAUCACCGGUGAUAAGGCCUUUGACAAGUUCCUUACUGAUGCCACGGCUAUUUACAAUGGUAAAUAA